UGAUGUUUUUCUAUUUUUCCAGGACCCGCCAUGGAGAAACCCUCAAAGGAUCGUCUCACUUUAUCUCCAGCUUGUAAAAUGGAAGAUGAGGACAUCACAGGAGAUUGUGGAGGAGAAAAGACAAUGAGCUCCACUAUGGAUGGAGGACUUCACAGUGUGGAUAGACCAUGGAAUCCCUCCGACUCUGAGCAACCUCGUACUGUGAGGGGUGGUGCCAGGAACCAGGGGGAGGAGACAUUUCCCUGUCCUGAAUGUGGGGAAAGUUUUAGUUCUGAAUUGGAUCUUUCUGUACAUCAAAGAUCUCACACAAGUAAGGAGAUUCAUUCCUGUUCUGAGUGCGGGAAAUAUUUUUUUCGUAAAUCAGAACUGGUCACACAUUACAAAUCUCACACAGGUGAGAAGCCGUAUUCUUGUCCUGAGUGCGGGAAAUGUUUUUCACGGAAGUACUAUCUUAAAUCACAUCAGAGGUCUCACACAGGUGAGACGCCGCAUUCCUGUUCUGCGUGUGGAAAAUGUUUUAUGCAAAAGUCAGGCCUUGUAAAACAUCAAAGAACUCACACGGGUGAGAAGGCGUAUUCCUGCCCUGAGUGCGGGAAAUGUUUUUCACAGAGUUCCCACCUUUAUACACAUCAGAAGUCUCACACGGGUGAGAAACUUCAUUCCUGUUCUGAAUGCGGCAAAUGUUUCCCCCAUAAAUCACAACUAGUCAGACAUCACAGAACCCACACGGGGGAAAAGCCGUAUCCCUGCCUUGAGUGCGGGAAAUAUUUUUCACAGAGGUUCUAUCUUAAUAUACAUCAGAGGAUUCACACGGGUGAGAAGCCGUAUUCCUGUCCUAAGUGUGGAAAAUGCUUUUUACAGAAAUCAGACCUUGAUAAACAUCAAAAGUUUCAUACGGGGGAGAAGGCAUACUCCUGUGCUGAGUGCGGGAAGUGUUUUUUACAGAAAUCAUACCUUAAUAAACAUCGAAAAUUUCACACAGGUGAGAGGGCGUAUUCCUGCUCUGAGUGUGGGAAGUGUUUUUCACAGAGUUCCCAACUUAAAACGCAUCAGAGAUCUCACACAGGUGAGAAGCUUCUUUCCUGUUCUGAGUGCGGGAAAAGUUUUUUUCAUCAAUCAGAGCUGGUCAGACAUUACAGAUCUCACACGGGGGAGAAGCCGUAUUCAUGCCCCGAAUGCGGGAAAUGUUUUUCACUCAAGUCCAAUCUUAAAACACAUCAGAGGUCUCACGUAGAUAAGAAGACGUAGGUAAGAAGACGCAUUCCUGUUCUUAGUGUGGAAAAUGCUUUAAACAAAAUCCAGUCUUACUUUAUAUCAGAUAUGCCUUGCACGGGUGAAGCUAUUUUCCUAACGGGUUCCAUGGUGGCAGCAUACGUUUCGGUAGCCCCCCCCUCGCUCCUACUCCAUAGGACCCCAUACAUUUUCAGGCAGAGCCAGAGGCCCCAUUCCUUAUUUGUCCUUCUCACUUAUAGAAUAAUUUCGUAUGAAGUUUCCUACCUUUUGGAAAAUGUGGUGGCCGGGGUCUGAUGUGGAUAUUGGGAGCACCUCGUGGUGUGCAGAAGUUUCCGAGAUGGCACCAGUAGUCAGAGUCCCCAGCUAGCAGGGGGUGAAUGGCACACAUGUGCAGAAGAUUGACACCUGUAAUAAUGGAAGUUCUGCCAAGCAGUUGCACCAGGUCGGGUGACCUCUGAAGUGUGGCCAGCAUGAUGGUGUGCUCUGCUGUUCCUACCUCUGGGAUCGUCUGGCUGCCUUAUAGUUAGUAUCUAUCCAUAAGGUUUCUGUUGGCUAAGUGCUAUGUUGAAACAAGGAAGGAAGGGCGACCCCUAGAAGUCGCUCAUCUAUGGUGUCCUACUGCAAUGAAUGGAGUGGCAACCUCAGCCUGGACUCCGACCAGACCAUGCCCCAAUGCGUUUUUACUCACCUGAUGGUCAUAUCCUGUUCGUCAUUCAGCCAUGUUGGCUAUUUAAACUGUCUGGAUUAGAUCUCCUGUGCAUUCGCCUUGGUCAACAUAUCUAGAGACUCUCUGCUGUGUUCCUGUUGAAGACUUGCCUGGCUGACGUCAUGGGGCUGUCAGGGCUGGGCUUGGUCCUCCCUUCUCUGAUCUCAGGCUUCUCAGCUGUCGGUUAAUUGCCAGCACUCAUCAUUCCACAGUGACUCACCUGAUGAUCCUAUCCUGUUCGUCAGUCAGCCUUGUUGGCUAUUUAAUCUGCCUGGAUCAGAUCUCCUGUGCCUUCGCCAUGGUCAACAUAUCUAGAGACUCUCUGCUGUGUUCCUGUUAAAGACUUGCCUGGCUGACGUGCCUUCUGGUUCCUGAUCCAGUCUGC